GAAUUUUACAAUUACAGAAAAAAUGUUAAUAUACUAUUUUAUUGCUGCUUUGUUAGCAUAUCUGUUCAUCAAAAGAAGAUUUUAUCUAUCCAAAAUAAAAUCAAUACCUUCCACAAAAUCUUUACCUAUAUUGGGACAUACUUUUAUUUUACUUGCAGGAUCAAAAAGUAUAGGAAGGUUUAUUAAAACUAUUCAGAAAGAAUGCAAACGAAUCUGCAUUGUAUGGUUCGGGCUGAUUCCAUACAUUGUUGUUUAUAAUGCAGAAGACAUUCAAACAAUCCUCCGAAACUCCAAGGAAAUUCCCAAAGGACAAUCCUAUAAUUUUUUAAAACCUUGGCUGGGCGAAAGCAUUUUAAUAAGUGACGGUCAAAAAUUUAGACAAAAUAAGAAAAUAUUGGUGCAAACUUUCCACAAGAGCAACCUACUGGACUUUCUGCCAAUUUUUAACAAUAACGCUGAAAAUUUGAUACAAAAUUUUGCAAAACACGUUGGUAAAGGAGAGUUUGCAGCCGACUUAUAUUUGGCUACCGGUGCUAUGUUUAAUUUGUUAGGAACAACUUUGGGAGUUCACAGGGAUAUUUUAACAGAAGAGGAAGCUUUUAAUUACUCAUUAUCUGUUGAGAAGAUGGGUGAAUUUUUGUAUACAAGACACAUUAAGUUUUGGCUAAAACCCGAUAUAUUUUUUUACUUUUCCAAUUUAAAGAAAAGACAGGAUCACCAUCUUAACAUUCUAAAUAAUUUAACCGACAGAGUAAUCCUUGGCAAAAAGAAGGAAUUCGAUGAAAGAAAAUCCAGUUCGGUUACAAAAUUUGAUAAAAAUAAUAACGUAUUGUUUUUGGAAAACUUUUUUUCUGCUACAAAAUUAAAUGGUGAAGGAUUUACUUUAAAAGAGAUUAAAGACGAGGUUAUGACAAUGAUGUUUGCUGGACAAGAUACAACAACUGUUACUUUAGGGUUUUCAUUAAGUCUUUUAGGAAUACAUCAAGAAGUUCAAGACAAACUGUAUAAGGAGUUAGAAGAAAUUUUAGGACUCUCAGAUAGAGAUAUAAAUUACGAAGAUAUACAAAAAAUGGUGUAUCUAGGACAAGUUAUUAAGGAAACUUGGCGUUUAUUUCCACCAAUCAAUGGCUUUAUGAGGGUCCCUAUAAAGGAUAUAAAUUUAGGGCAAUAUAUUUUCCCAAAGGGUACUCCGUUGUUAUGUUCAUUAUUUUUAUUGCACAGAAAUGAGGACUAUUAUCCUAAUUCCAAUAGAUUUAUUCCUGAAAGAUUUAAUUCUGAAAACGAUAAAACUAGACCACCAUACAGUUUUCUGCCUUUUUCAGAAGGCGUACGAAAAUGCAUAGGUUCCAACUAUGCCAUGCUCGUGGUUAAGGUGUUUUUAGCAAAAAUUCUUAGAAGAUAUAAAGUAAUUUGUAAUCAAAAGCAAAAAGAUUUUAAGUUAUCCCUACAACUUACUGUCAGAAGAAAAGAGGGAUUUUUAAUAAGUUUAGAUCCAAGAAAAUAA